AUGCUGGACAGCGUCGAGGAGGAGGCACCAUACGAUAGUGGUUCGUACAUCGCAUACCUCCAAUGGCAGCUUCUUUUCCCGCUGGUACUGAUUGGCAUCGCCUUCACUUGGUGUUGGUUCACCUUCACCGGUGGUCGUGCCCUCCUGCUCUACGCUGUUGAGGUUUCUGCUGGAAGCACAAAUGGAGGGUUUUACAAACCUGCUGGUGCUGAAGGCUCUGUGCCAAUCGAACAAUGCCCAGACAAAUGUGACUACCGUUGCUCAGCAACAUCACACAGGAAGCCAUGUCUUUUCUUCUGCAACUAUUGCUGCCAGAAGUGCCUAUGUGUUCCAUCUGGCACGUACGGCAACAAGGAAGAGUGCCCAUGCUACGACAACAUGAAGAACAAGGAAGGCGGCCCCAAGUGCCCUUGA